GCGGGGGAAGGAGGCCCCUCACGGUAACAGCAGUGGUCGGAGUGGUGGUGGUGGUGGUGGUGAAGUCUGUGCUGUGUUUACGACGAAGGCAGCGAAGGGCGCGGUGGGGCGAGGCGGGCAAGGGCGUGGUGGUGCUUCAUAUCUUCCCCAGAGGCACCUCCUGUCCGAGUCUCUCCCCCUUCGUCAUGAAACUGGAGAGCUACCUUCGUCUGGCCUGCAUUCCUUACCUGGUGGACUUUGAGGAGCCGCUGGGACCUAAGGGGAAGUGUCCAUGGGUGAGCCUUGAUGGGGAGGAAAUAGGAGACUCGCACCUUAUCAUCCAACACCUGAGCCAGCGAUUCGACAGACACCUGAGCUCUAACCUGGGUACAAAGCAGAGGGCCACAGCACACGCCAUGAGGGUGAUGAUGGAGGAACAUUUCUUCUGGUGUAACGUAGUGUGGAGGUGGUGGGAGGACAGGCGGUACACGGUGUCCUCCCUCACACACUGGGGUACGCUGCUUCCCUUCCAUUACGUGUACCGGCCCAUCGUCUCGCUCCUCCUCCGCCACCAAGCUUCGAUGCAGGGCCUGGGCAGACACUCGUGGCCAGAGGUGUAUGACAUGGCACUAGAGGAUCUGCGCGCCCUCUCGAUUUACUUGGGUGGGAAGAAGUACCUGACGGGGGACGAACUGACGGAGGAGGACUGUGGGGUGUUUGGGAAUACUGAGUCAAAUCGUGUGGUGCUCUCCUGGCUCGCCUCUCCUCUUAGCUGUGCAGGAUGACUUUCCUAACCUCAUUGCGUACUGCCAGCGAGUGAGGGAAAGACUUUGGCCAGACUGGAACAGAUGCCUCAACCCACCUCUUCCUGACAGCUACCUCCUCGACGCUAUUGUGUAGGGGGGGAGGAG